GAAUGGCGCCGCGUGCUGCUGCCGCUGUUACGGGCUUCCUACGUGACUCCCUCCUACAUCCCUUCUUCGCCCUCCUCCCCCCUGCGAACAAACGGGAAUGGUUUCCUCCAAGCGAGCCCGUCACUGUCACCGCGGCGGAGAGGCAGCCGGAGCGCGAGCGCGCUGAGAGGGAGGGGGGGUUCAUCCACUGCCUGCCAUUGCGGUGCGGCGGUAGCUGCUGCUCUGGAGCCACACCAGGGAGACCCUUUUCCUCCACGAGUGCAGCGAUGGAGGAGACAGUCAUUUGGGAACAGCACACAGUUACACUACACAGGGCACCAGGGUUCGGAUUUGGGAUAGCCAUAUCAGGAGGUCGGGAUAACCCUCAUUUUCAGAGCGGCGAGACCUCCAUCGUUAUCUCAGACGUGCUGAAAGGAGGCCCUGCAGAAGGCCUGCUGCAGGAAAAUGACAGAGUGGUUAUGGUCAAUGCUGUGUCCAUGGACAAUGUGGAGCAUGCGUACGCUGUCCAGCAGCUUCGCAAAAGUGGGAAAAUUGCCAAAAUCACAAUCAGACGGAAGAGGAAGGUGCACGUUCCCAUGGGCCGGCUGGGGGAGAGAGAAACGAUGUCGGAACACGACGAAGAGGAGGACAGCUACGACGAAGAAAUAUACGAGACGCGGAGCGGGCGCAGUGGUGCUUACAGUGGCAUAGGCGGGGCCAUGGGCAGACGCAGCGGUCGGAGCAGCGGACGAAGGGACCGCGAGCGCAGCGGGUCACGAGAGAGAAGCAUGUCCCCGCGCUCGGACCGCCGCUCGCACAACCUCCCCCCUCGCCCCGCCAAGGUCACGCUCGUCAAAUCCCGCAAAAAUGAAGCAGAAUAUGGCCUGCGCCUGGCCAGCCACAUCUUUGUCAAGGACAUCUCCCCCGAGAGCCUGGCCGCCAGGGAUGGCAACAUCCAGGAGGGGGACGUGGUACUGAAGAUUAAUGGCACAGUGACAGAGAACCUCUCCUUGAUAGACGCUAAGAAACUGAUUGAAAGGUCAAAGGGCAAACUAAAAAUGGUUGUUCAGAGAGACGACAGGGCGACCCUCCUCAACAUCCCUGACCUCGAUGACAGCAUUCCUUCAGCUAACGCCUCCGACAGAGAUGACAUUUCAGACAUCCAUUCUAUGGCAUCCGAUCAUUCCAACCGAUCACACGACAGACACCGUAGCAGCCGCUCCCGCUCCCCGGACAGGAGGUCCGAACCCUCAGACCACUCCCGACAUUCACCACAACAAAUCAGCAAUGGCAGUCACAGAAGUCGCGAUGAUGAACGGAUGUCGAAGUCUGCUUCAACACCAGCAAAGCUAGUGGAGGAUAUUCCUCUCCCUAAACCGAAGGAUUCGGCUGUUGCAAGAGAGGAGAAACAGCUCCCACCCCUCCCAGAGCCCAAGCCAGUUUAUGCUCAACCUGGACAGCCGGAUGUAGACCUGCCUGUCAGCCCCUCUGAUGCCCCUGUGCCAAGCGCUGCCCACGAUGACAGCAUUCUACGGCCGAGCAUGAAGCUGGUGAAGUUCAAGAAGGGGGAGAGUGUGGGUCUGCGUCUGGCUGGAGGGAACGACGUGGGCAUCUUUGUCGCCGGAGUGCUGGAGGAUAGCCCAGCUGCUAAGGAAGGCCUGGAGGAGGGCGACCAAAUUCUCAGGGUAAAUAAUGUUGAUUUUGCAAACAUAAUCCGAGAGGAGGCAGUGCUAUUCCUUCUGGAUCUUCCUAAGGGCGAGGAGGUCACCAUUCUGGCUCAGAAGAAAAAAGAUGUUUAUCGACGGAUCGUGGAGUCGGACGUUGGGGACUCUUUCUACAUCCGCACACAUUUCGAGUACGAGAAGGAAUCUCCAUACGGGUUAAGCUUUAACAAGGGCGAGGUUUUCCGAGUGGUCGACACGCUCUACAAUGGAAAGCUAGGUUCUUGGUUGGCUAUUCGCAUUGGAAAGAACCACCAGGAGGUGGAGAGGGGGAUCAUCCCCAACAAAAACAGAGCGGAGCAGCUCUCAAGUGUUCAGUACACGCUUCCCAAAACAGCAGGAGGUGACAGGGCAGAUUUCUGGCGGUUCAGAGGUCUUCGGAGCUCAAAGAGGAACCUGAGGAAAAGCAGAGAGGAUCUUUCCUCUCAGCCGGUCCAAACAAAGUUCCCUGCUUAUGAGAGAGUGGUCCUGAGAGAAGCUGGUUUCCUUAGACCGGUGGUAAUAUUCGGACCUAUUGCUGACGUGGCUCGAGAAAAGCUCUCCCGAGAGGAGCCAGAUCUCUUUGAACUUGCAAAGAGCGAACCUAGAGAUGCAGGAACAGACCAGCGAAGUUCAGGAAUCAUUCGUCUUCACACCAUCAAACAAAUCAUAGACAGAGACAAACACGCUGUGCUGGACAUCACCCCAAACGCUGUGGAUAGGCUAAACUAUGCCCAGUGGUACCCUAUAGUAGUCUUCCUAAAUCCUGAUAGCAAACAGGGUGUGAAGAACAUGAGGACAAGACUUUGUCCAGAGUCCAGGAAAAGUGCCAGGAAGCUUUAUGAGCGAGCCAUUAAACUGAGGAAGAAUAAUCACCACCUGUUCACUACGACCAUCAACUUGAACAACAUGAAUGAUGGCUGGUACGGAGCCCUCAAAGAAACCAUCCAGCAGCAGCAGAACCAGUUGGUGUGGGUAUCAGAGGGCAAGGCGGACGGCACCACAGAGGACGACUUGGAUAUCCACGACGACCGUCUGUCCUAUCUGUCGGCGCCAGGUAGUGAAUACUCCAUGUAUAGCACAGACAGCCGCCACACUUCUGACUACGAGGACACAGAUACGGAGGGAGGCGCGUACACGGACCAGGAGUUAGACGAGACGUUAAACGAUGAAGUGGGCCUGCCCACGGAGCCGGCCAUCACCCGCUCCUCAGAGCCUGUAAGAGAGGACCCUCCUGUGAUACAGGACCCCGCUGGAUACCCUGGAUACCAGCAUCCUGUGCAGCCUGACCCAGCCAGCCGAAUAGAUCCUGCUGGAUUCAAGAUGGCCGCUCCGCAGCAGCAAGGUGAGGCUGCUCUGCCCUCGUUGCCUCCGCCGGUGGUAGCCUCCCCAGCUGCUGAGCAGCCUGUCCAACUAGAGGAGCCGCCUGCUGCAGCCGCAGCUCCUCAGGCUGACUCAAUUAACAGCCCCAGCCCUGUCCCUGAGCUUAUUCAGCCCCCACCACCACCACCACCACAUGAACCCCCCGGUCCUGAACCAAAGAUGUACAAGAAAGAUCUGUACAAUAUGGAGGACCCAGUGCGAAUCAACCACGGUCUGAAGCAGUCUCUGAGCUACAGUCACCAGCCGCCGUUUCAGGACAAACAGCCAUACCGUGAAUACGACCACCCGCCUUAUGGAUACGACGGAGGCGGCUACGCAGAACCAAAGCCUCACAACGCUGACUCUCACCUGCACUACGACAACCGUGUGCCUCAUUACAACGAACAGUGGCCCCCAUACGACCAGCAGACCUCGUCCCCCCAGCCCGCCGGGUACCAGCCGGGCCACCAGCAACUCAUGGGCUACAGUCCUCGCUCGCCCUACGAGGACGGACCAGGGAGGGAGUACAGCCCCCCACAGCCACGCUACGAUGAGCCCCCGGCGGCGGGCUAUGACAGCAGACCACGGCACAGUAAACCUGGGCCCAUCCGUUACGAUGAGCCCCCUCCCCCACCCCCAGCAACCUACGACGCCCUUUCUCCUUAUGAUGUAGAAUCACGCAGCUUUCCCAUCAAUUCUCCUCGCUCGCCAGAGCCUCCAAAGCACUAUUACGGCGACUCCGGUCUGCGGCCCGCCUACAUGUCUGGGCUUUCAAACCGGGUUUAUAAGCCAGGGAUACACGAGCCCGUCGUCAACUCUGAACCCAGCGUUCUUCCUCCGAAACCGGACGCCCUGCCUUCGCCGGGAGAGCCAGCAGUCACUCCGACCUCCAGGCCGCUUCCUCCUCCUCCACCUCGGGAAGACCUGGAUGACGAUCCGGCCAUGAAGCCGCAGUCAGUGCUCAACAGAGUGAAGAUGUUUGAGAAUAAACGCUCUGUCUCUAUGGACAGAGCUAAAGACGGCGAGUCUUCGGUGCUCAGGCCUGCAGAUGUUCCUAAGCCUGUGAAUGCUCCCGCCCCGGUCCUCAAAGCCAACUCCCUCAGCAACCUGGAGCAGGAGAAGUCUACCUACAGGGCUCCUGAGCCGCAGAAGCCUCAUUCGAAGCCUCUGGAUGACGUGGUUCGCUCUAACCACUAUGACCUAGAUGAUGAUGAAGAGUACUACAGGAAGCAGCUGUCCUACUUUGACCGGCGCAGCUUUGACAGCAAGGCGAUGGGCCAACCUGGACCCGGUAUCAACCGAUUUCAUGACGUGUCCAAACCAGCCCAGCUGUCCUACCCGUACCACAGGGUCGAGUCUUUGGAGAAGGUGAGCCCUGUGGAGAAAAGAUAUGAAGCUUUGCCCCAAAUCAGUCCCUCCACUCAGUACGCACCCCCAGCUCCAGUUAACCCUCCGAACACGCUGCCCAAACUCAGCCCUGUUGAUGCUAACUCCAUACCUGAACCUCUGACCUCCCCGAACCCUAAAUCUGACCUGGCAGCUCUCAGACCCCCCAGCAGGGAUGAACCCUCUACAGGAGGUUACCUGCCUCCCAGAGGCCUCCCCGAUAAAGUCCCUGUUAACGGCACGGAUGCCCCUCCCUCAAAGGCGCUGGGUGCCCCGCCUUCAACCAGCUACAACCGCUACGUUCCCAAGCCUUACACCAGUGCAGCCCGGCCUUUCGAGCGCAAGUUUGACAGCCCAAAGUUCAACCACAACCUGCUGCCUAACGACACGCAGGUGAAGACGGACCUCCUGGCUAAGCCUGGAGGGGUGAGCAACACCUCUGGGAAACCUCAGCUGUCCCCUCAGCCCCUGGACCAUGACAGCGGCCUGGACACCUUCACCCGCACCAUGGACAACAGGCCCAAAUACCAGCACAAUAACGUCAACGCCAUUCCCAAGGCCAUCCCUGUGAGCCCCAGCGCGUUGGAUGAUGAUGACGAGGAUGAAGGGCACACAGUGGUAGCCACCGCCCGCGGCGUCUUUAACAGUAACGGAGGGGUCCUGAGCUCCAUCGAAACCGGCGUCAGCAUCAUCAUUCCGCAGGGGGCCAUACCGGAGAGCGUGGAGCAGGAGAUUUACUUUAAGGUGUGCCGGGACAACAGCAUCCUGCCCCCCCUGGACAAGGAGAAAGGAGAAACGCUGCUAAGUCCGCUGGUGAUGUGCGGCCCUCACGGACUCAAAUUCCUGAAGCCGGUGGAGCUGCGCUUACCUCACUGUGCGUCUAUGACCCCUGAUGGUUGGUCUUUUGCUCUAAAAUCCUCCGACUCCUCGUCGGGUGAUCCUAAAACCUGGCAGAACAAAUCUCUCCCCGGAGACCCAAACUACCUGGUGGGUGCAAACUGCGUGUCUGUGCUCAUUGACCACUUCUGAAGAGGGCGACAGCUGGCCUGUUAACGAAUGUGAUAACCCCCCCCCCCCACUUAGUUUACUGUGCCCAGAACUUUAUCAAGUAGAGAAACAGUCUUUCUCACUAUGAAGCGAGUCGGAGGAGUCCAGCAUCUGGACCUUUUCUCAUUUCUUUCUUUAUUUUCUUUUGUUUUCGGUGCUUUCAAGGCUUGCAAAAAAAAAAAGAACAAAUAAGAGAAAAGUUAUUUAAUCUAAGGAAGAGAAGUUGGAAUGCAUGACCAGUGCUACAGGACUGGAUUAUCUCAUUUUGACAUUUUUAGCUCACUUUUUUAAAAGGUUUCAGUGGUGCAAAAAAAAAAAAAGGAGAAUUUUGGAACCUUAUUUAAUAUCGCAGCAAGAUUUUUGUGUACUGUGUAAAGAGAAAACAAAAUCCACACAAACAUGAAUUUUGUAUAAGCAGAGCCUUUGUUUGCGAGCUAAGUGGUCAUGCGUUUCACUCAUGGAGGAUCUCCCAGGACUUCCCUUCACCACGGAAGACGUUAUGAAAAAACUACGAAGAAUGAAAGUAUUAAGUAGCAUCAGAAGCCCGUUCCUGUGGGCCGUUUUUGUUUGUUUUUUUUGUAGAAAAAAAAAAAGAAGGAAAUGUUUUAACAUAGAUAAAUAUACUGACUUGAUUUUACAAACCCCUGCUGUCUAGAGAUCUAUGCAUGUGCUACGACUCAGGUCCAGACGCCUGCUAACUAAGUUCAACAUGAAAACCCCAUCGUACACUGCAAGCAGUGAUGCCUUAUCUGCAUAUUUAACUUUUCAGUAAAAAAAACAAAACAAAAAAAACCUUCCAACAUCGGAUCCUUGAGUUAUAACGAUUAUCUGCAGGAGGAGAAAAAAAAA